AUGUAUUUUUACAUACUAAAUAUCGAGCAGGUAGAUGAAUCCACUGUUAUGCUUUACGGAAAGCAUCUGACAGAGAUUCCCGAGGGCCUUCCGAUAGAUGCACAUGCAUGCAGCUCGCAAUCCUGCAGGAUCCGCGUGGAAAACAUUUACUCCCCAGUCUUUUUGAAGGCAGCCAGCGGCAAGGACCAGGAAUUGAAGGAAGACAUUAAGGCAUUCAUGGGCUCGAAGGGAAUUGGAUAUGCUCUAGAGCCGUCGUUGAAAGAGAAUGUGUUCUAUCCCAAUCUGGAUAGGAAGGUUGAUCUGAUCAAAGUUCUUCCAGAAAAGAGGGUCUCCUUUGAUGACUUCUUUUCCGACCACUCUGAGGCCAUUGUGACGGAGUUUUCAAAUCCUAUAGAAAACAUCAUCAUAUCAAGAAGGCUUAGGGGGCCCUGCAUUGUCAGGAUUGGUGAGCAUUUGAUGUCUCCUAGGGAGGGUGUUGUUGUGAAAUCUCCAGGAGUGAUCUCGUUUGUAUGCAAUUCAAGUCUGCCCAGGCUGAAGCUUGGGACGUUGGCUGUGAGGUUUAAUAGAGCGGGGAUUCUUAAGUAUUGCCUCUAUGUGCGAGGAGUCCUUCACUGUGGAGAAGUGAGACCUGAAGAUGGAAGCAGGGAUGUAAGGGCCGAGGGGAUCAAGUAUGCGCUGCACCGGACGCCGGAGAUGCUAGUGAAGUAUCUCAACAGCCUCAUGGGUAGCGAAGGCAUAGAUUGUAUAGUCUACCAUAAUCUUCCUAGUUUUAUUCUCAAGAGGCUAGAGAUAUCUGGAAUGGUAAGAUGCGACUUGUUUGCAUUUGCAAGCGGAAACAUAAAAGGAUGUGAUUUCUCUCUUGAGGAGCUAUCUUCGACUCUGAAUCUAGAAGUUGCAGAAAAGCUGAGGAGAAAGCAGGUACAAUAUGAGAAUUCAUUUGAGAGGCUGGCUGUUGAGUCUGAAGCAAUACAUCGUAUAUUCCAGGCCACGGAGGCACUGGAUCUGUCAAAGGAGAUGUCUGAGGUUUCUGGAUACAUUCUGAACAGGGCCUUGCAGAACUUGCGUGCGGAAAGGAUUGAGUAUACUCUUCUUCACGAAUUAUAUGCAAGAGGGUACUUGUUUCCUUGUAUUACGGGCCGGAAAGAGGUGAAGUACACAGGGGGGUUGGUGCUGUCUCCGCAGGCGGGGUUCUAUGAAGAUCUUGUUCUUCUUUUGGACUUCAAUUCCUUGUAUCCAUCGAUUAUUCAGGAGUUUAAUGUGUGUUUCUCAACUGUUGGGAUGUUUAAUGGAAGGAUUUCUGGAGACAUGAGUGCUGAGCAGCUAGAAAUGCUGACUGAGAAGAGCAGGAUUGCUGAAAGAGGGUUUUUACCGAAGGUCCUCGAGGGGUUUGUUGGAAGGAGGAAAGCAGUCAAGGACCUGAUGAAGCAAAGCAAAGGGAAAGAAGAAACCAGGGUGUUGGAGAUAAGGCAAAGGGCACUAAAGCUAACUGCAAAUAGCAUAUAUGGAUGUCUUGGGUUUGCUGGGUCAAGGUUUUGUAACUACACGAUGGCAGCAUACAUAACCAACAAGGGAAGAGAUCUCCUUCUUGAGGCGAAAAGAAUAGCAGAGGGAGAGUGUGGAAUGAGGAUUAUUUAUGGGGACACAGACUCUGUGAUGGUACAUACAGGGCUUAGAGGGGAGAUGUCGAACUACAAAAAGGCUCUUGAGAUGUCAAGGAAGCUGAGGGAAGCAAUCAACUCUCGGUAUGUGAAGAUAGAGAUUGAGGUUGACAAGGUGUUUAAGAAGCUUUUGCUGUACAAGAAGAAGAAGUAUGCAGGACUCUAUGUUGGCGAGGAUGGAAGGAGUGGUAUUGAAUAUAAAGGGCUUGAUCUUGUUAGGAAAGACUUCUGUGAGGCUAGUAGAAGAAUAUGCAGGGUUGUGCUAGAACUACUACUCACGGAUCCGGAGGACCCUGAGGCCUAUGAAGUGUUUUACAAAGAUGAGCCAAAAAAGGACCUGAAUGAUGGAAACAGUAAGAUAAGAGAGGCUGUGCAUGACGAGUUGAGGAAGCUGAGAAGUGAUCUUGAGGGGCUUCCGGCAAAAGACUUUGUGAUUCAUAACACUCUGUCCAAGGCGCCGGAGAACUAUGGUCCAUCUGCUACGCUUCCACAUGUCUCCCUUGCGCUAAGAUUAAAGGAGGCGGGAAUGAAGUUUGAUCAGGGAGACGUUGUCUGCUAUGUGAUAGGAAGAGGAAGCCCCGGCGAGGCCAUCCACAAGAGAGCAUAUCAUUUGAACGAGGAUUUUGUGAUUGACUAUGAGUAUUAUAUAUCAAAUCAGAUUCUCCCACCUCUCCUUAGAAUUGUCGGGAUAGUCAAGGGGUUUCAUGCAGAGAAGAUAGGAAGGAUAUUUGGAGUGGAAAGGGUUGUAAAGGCUGAAGUCCAAAAAAACAUAUCUUUUCUAUCUCCUUGCUGUGGAAGUGUCCAAGGGGCGGUUUUGAAAUGUAAGGAAUGCUCCAGAAGUAUUCCCAGAGGAUUCUACACACACGAGGUCAACAAGAUGAUUAGAAGAGAGAUCGAGUGUUUAUACAGUGCAGAUUCGAGGUGCCAUGAGUGCGGUAUAUCCUCCUAUACGCACAUGAAAAGGUGCUUCAACUGUAACUCUGAGUUAUCUUUUGUGCCGCACAACCAAGACUUCGACUGCCUUUUAAGCAGUCUCCAGGCGAUGUUUGCAGGAUGGGGUGAGGUGGAAGGCAUUAUAAGAAGGCACCUGGCUGUUUCAGAGUACAGGAGGAUAGAGCUGUCUAAGUAUUUUGAAAAGGAGAUGAAUAGAAAGCACUGA